GAGGUCCCUCAGGGAGGCGGGGCUGUUGCGCAUGCGCGGGGGGAGGCUCGAGAGGGCAGCCGUUGUGGCGGUUGGCGCCCCUCCCCGGUCGCUUCCUUCCCCUUCCCCCCCUCCCCGCGGGCUCCGAGGAAGGAGGCGCUGAAGCGGCCAUGAAGGCAGGAGCAACAUCCAUGUGGGCUUCCUGUUGUGGGUUGCUGAAUGAAGUCAUGGGCACUGGAGCUGUUCGUGGUCAGCAGUCUGGAUUUGGAGCGGGAGCAAACCCAUUUAGGUUUACACCAAACACCGACUUCACUGUGUACACAUCUUCAGCACCAGGAGGAGCCAAUAUCGUCUGCAAAGCAUGUGGCCUUUCGUUCUCCGUGUUCAGGAAAAAGCACGUGUGCUGCGAGUGCAAGAAGGACUUCUGCUCCAUGUGUUCAGUCUUGCAAGAGAACCUGCGAAGAUGCUCCACCUGCCAGUUGUUGCAGGAGACAGCAUUUCAGCGGCCGCAGCUGAUGCGCUUGAAAGUGAAAGAUCUGCGCCAGUAUCUGGUUCUUAGGAACAUCCCCACAGAUACCUGUCGAGAAAAGGAAGACUUGGUGGACCUUGUCAUGUGCCAUCAUGGGUUGGCUUCUGCGGAGGACACAGACACUGGCAGCUUGCAUUCGUCACGCUCACAGACUGCUAGCUUUUCUGCACAUCCCAUGCCUCUGUCAGGCUCCGGAUCGUCCUCUCAGGGUGAGCUUGCAAACAGGCACGAGAGCACCGGAAACGAAGUGCAGUUACAGGGACAGAAUGACAGAUUGUUGGCAGACCCUGGCGAAGAUGAGAAGGCAGAUGAGCAGAUUCCGGGACAGUCCAGAAAGCGCGCAAGGGCCUCCCUCUCUGAUCUUUCAAGCCUGGACGACAUUGAAGGCUUAACUGUCCGCCAGUUGAAGGAAAUACUGGCUCGGAACUUUGUUAACUACUCAGGAUGCUGUGAAAAAUGGGAGCUGGUGGAGAAAGUGAGCCGGCUUUAUAGGGAGACAGAGGCAAAUCACAGGACCCCAGAAGGAGAGAAGACUCAGUUGAACGAGGACGACGACAACCUGUGCCGGAUCUGCAUGGAUGCCAUCAUAGACUGUGUGCUGUUGGAGUGUGGCCAUAUGGUCACUUGCACCAAGUGCGGCAAGCGCAUGAGCGAAUGUCCCAUCUGCCGCCAGUACGUCGUACGAGCCGUGCACGUGUUCAAAUCAUGAAGGGCAGAGACUGGAGCUGGAGGUUUCCCGCCAUUCUUUCCUCCACAGGGUGGGGACAGGCCUCAGCAGUCAAGGGGAGGGCUCUGCGGUAGACCUCCAGUAACUCAUAGCAGCCUGAACAGAAGCUUAGGAGCUUGACCCAUGUACUUUGUCUUCAGCAGUCAGAUGACCUGGAAGGAGAGAGCUCUAAGGGAGAAACCAGACAGUGGCUAAGUUGAACUUGCAGCGGCUGCAAUGUUGCAGAUUGCUGUCUUCUGAAGAAUAUGGAGGAGGCACAUAAGCCCCUGGAAGGGUCACAGAACAGUGCUUUUCACCUUUCCAAAGAGCUGAGGGAGCAGGAUCAUGCACGUAUUUUGAAAUGAAUAUAUUGCCCCAUUGAAGAGCCAGUUCAGUGCAAUGCAGAGACCUUAAUACAGUCCCUCUGCAACAGUGUCAGGCUCUUGAAAGCCUGAGAGGAGCAGUGGCCUGUAUGGCUGUCUUGACCCGUGGUACAAACAGGGCCUGGGACUGGAGCAGCAGCCAAGAGGCAUUUCAUGCUAGAAAAGAACUCAGGAAAAGGAAAACAAGGAUUUGCUUUGAAGGUGGCAGGAGGUGCUUUGAUGGAGGCGCACCAGCUUAAUAAAGCCCCUCCUCUUCCUUUGGGUACUUCCAGGGACCCUUUUCUGCACAGCAGAGUUUUUGCUUUGCUUCUAAAAGCAGACCUAGUCCAAAGCCCUGGCCAUCAUUCCCAGCGUCGGGUGUAAGCAAAAGGAAAGGCUUUGGAGGCUGCCUGCUUGGUGGGAAAGAGUGUGCGUGACUUUCAUACUUUAAAACUGACCUAUUUUUCAGAAGAGAGCAAGACAUGGCUAUAUUUUUAGACAGAGUGCAGGAAAUAAUUCCAGUCUUUGUUCAGGGGCACACGUGUCAAGAGAAUGAAGCAUAUUCAUAAGCGUAAUGAGGGAGGGGAGGGGGGGGGUUGAGCGACCAGGGGCACAGUACAACCCCCCCUUUCCAAUUGAUUCAUGGGCAGCAGGACUGGCAGGUGAUGGCUGUGCUUACUGCUCCCUACCUCCUUCUUCACCUUACUGCCAGAGAAAGAGAGGCAGGGAGGGCAGAGCACCUUUGGGGGCGGGCACAAGGCUCACUUGGCCAAUCCCACACCCUCUUGCCCUCCUGGGCGUUGACUCACUAUCUUGCCACCUUUUUAUGCCAGUGUUCAGGCGUUGCGGGGGAAGGUGUCACCUUGCUGCCUCUUUAGGGCCAUUAGAGAGGUUGUGCCCUUACCCCCUCCCCCCCAGCCAGGGCAGGUGGGGGCUGCUAUUUCAGUUCUUUCCCCUCACCAGUUUGUGUAUGCCCCUGCCACGCAAUAUAAUAAAAGUACCAGCUUUGCUCAUAUGUGCAUUGUGAUGAUGAGGUUGUCUUUUGUUAAGACUGAGCUGCAAAAAAUAGGCAGUAGCUGACCCUGUGAUUAUGGAGCCUGAACACCACUUUGGAGCAGCUGACAGGAGCCCCGCAAAGGUCCACAGGGGUGCCAUAGAGGCACUGGAUUUGACUCAAGACCAUUUCUGUGAGGGCUAGCAUGAAUGAGGCGAAGGCACAAGACACACCAGAUACCACGACUGGCAAGCAAAAUUGCAAGAACUACUGGAAAAAAAUUGUGUAGUUGCUAGCAAAUCCUACAGAGACCCCUUCACCACCAAUGGCUGCUGUGCACUCUGAGACUUCUACCUUGUUUGCAAUAUCUGAAGAUAAUAGAAAAGUGAGGUGGUCGACGUUCCGUUCUGACAAUCAGACCAAGGUGUCUGUCAGAAUGAAUGAAGAGAUCGCAAGAGCUUCCAGAAGUAUCAUUUAAAAAAAAAAAACAGGCCGGGGAAUGUCAACUCUAGGGCUUCUAGAGAGGCAGCACUCCCUUGCUGGCCCACACUCCGCCCUAGAGUCAGUUUCAGUUCUUGCCCCGGGCAUGAGUUUCUGUAGAUCCGCUCCUGAGCAUAUCAUAACAUUCUGAACAAUGGCUGUUAAAUAAACAUGUGUUAACUGGC